AUGAGUAUACAAUGGAUGCUGGAUUCUCGUAGGCUUUUCGACAGUACGCCCCCAAAUCCUCGAACUAAGCUGGACAACAACUCCACCCUUCUUGUUAGCUGGUGGGCGACUGGGUUUUCUCUUGCAAUCAUCGUUACUCGAGUAUGCGGACGCUACGUCCGGACCGAGCGUUUCUUUAUGGAAGACAAGGUUAUGCUAGCCGGCGUGAUUCCGCUGCUGAUCCGCAUGGCCUGCGUGCAUGUCAUUUUGAUAUGGGGAACAAAUAAUACGAAGACUACCGGACUGUCUAUGGAGAACAUCGAUCAUAGGGUUGUUGGCAGCAAGCUGGUAUUGGUCGCCCGGAUCUUCUAUGCUGUCUUUAUCUGGACGGCAAAGUUCACCGUAUGCGAGUUUUUGAAACGUGUCUCGGGUAUGAUCUGGCGACGGUCCCUCGAUAUUUUCCGCAAAUCCCUCUACUAUUUCUUGGCCUCGACCCUGCUCGCGGUCGUCAUUGCUACUCUCGCGGAGUGCACUCCGUUUGACCAUUACUGGCAAGUCGUGCCGGAUCCAGGGCCGAAGUGCCGUCUUGGGUAUGCAAACCUGAUCGUGAUGGGGACCUGCGACGUGAUCACAGAUCUGCUGCUGGUGGCAUUUCCGAUCCCGUUCAUCAUGAUGACUCACAUGCCCUUGAAGCGCAAAGCCUCUCUUGUUAUUUUGUUCGCCCUAUCUCUGAUUCUCGUGGCAAUCACCCUCUACCGGGUACCAUCCGUCAUCUGGCAUGAUGGAGAGCAACAGUACCGAUCGCUUCUGGCAUCGCUAGAGAUACUGGUCGCCACGGCAGUGUCCAAUGCUGUCGUGAUCGGUUCCUUCGUGCGAGACAAGGGCGUCAAGAAGAACAAAUUCAAAAAGGCCCUGGCAUCCGCUUCGGUCAACGAGAAUAUGGACUAUAGCUCCUUUCGCCGCCAAACCAUCACCCACCAUCAAUGGGGCAGCGAUUCAGACCUGGCUGCGGGCCUGGGAAUCCGUUUGAAGCCGGAACUAUGCUCUUCAGAUAGGGAUUUGCCCCGUCCUGCGCCGGUUGCUGCCCCUUAUCACAGCCUCACAGGCCGUCCCGCCGGCCUACUGAACCCGAGCUGGUCUUUCCCUCAACGACCGGGGGGCAUGGACGAUGAUCGCACGUCCACCACAGGCAGUCUCGACAUCAAAGUCAGUCCCCACGAAUAUAUAGAGACCAACAUUUCGCCUCCACACAGGAUGCCCCGAGAGGUUUCAUCCCCAACCCAACUCUCUAUCUUCGAUGUAGGCGGCCUGCUCAACGCGCCUACUCCCACAACCGCGCAUUCGUCCCACUACCCGGAUCAUCAACCGCGCCAUUCCAGUGGCAGUAGUAAAUCCGCCAGCUACGACUUCGGAGGUACCGUCUCUCCCUCCGGCUCGCCGGACUUGAACCCAGAUCCCAAUGCGGCCCACCAUCACCACGCACUCCCAUCAUCUCCCGCGGCCCCGAAUUCUUCUUCCCGCCCAGGCGGCCUUCGCCGCAGCUCUCUUGCGUCGAACCGUCGCAGGGGAUCGAGCGUUCACUUCAGCGAUUCGCCGGAGUCGCCCGUGCCGUCCUAUCGCUCCCAGCCCGAAGUCUCGACCCCGAUCCCCGAGGGCGAUGGUGUCGAGCUCCAGGAUGUGGGAGGAUUGCUGUCGCGGCGGUAG